GCAACUUCCGGCGAGUGACUAGGUAGCAGAAGGUGAAAGUGCUUGUGUCAGUGUUUGAACUAUUUGACGCGUUGUCGGCUUUUAAAUUAAAAUAUCACCAGGAGAUUGUUUUUUUUUAUACCGGAUAAGGAGGUACCAGAGAAACUGAAUCAACACCGGAGCUAAAAAAGCGGCGGUUCGUUGACCAGCUCGCUAACGUUAGCAUGUUAGCUAGCGUUAACCGGCUAGCUCACUCAGCUGACGCCUGAUACUCGGAAACAGAAACCCGGGAGCUGGACGCUCAGUAUCGGACACUUACCUGGUACAACUCCACCAGCCGGGAUCCGUAACGUUUCCCUUGUGGCCAUAACGGAGAAGAUACAUUUUUCAUGUGUGCACUUGGGCUGGUUUCGACAUUUUAAUGGGAGGCGGCUCGCUUUGGACGAGUGGACAUUGCGGGCGCCUGUUGCGAAGAAGAAAGCGGGGGUCCUGGCUACCUGUCGGGCUCAGAUGGAGUCUCUGGCCAGCUACGUGUACAAGGCAGCCAGCGAGGGCCGAGUCUUGACCCUGGCCGCGCUGCUGCACAACCACUCCGAGGCAGAGACCCGGUAUCUGCUGAGCUAUGUGACCCAGGUCGCCGGGCAGAGGUCCACUCCUCUGAUCAUCGCAGCACGGAACGGACACGACAAAGUUGUCCGGUUGCUCGUGGACCAUUACCGAGUGGACACCGAACAGACUGGCACGGUUCGGUUUGACGGCUACGUCAUCGACGGGGCCACGGCGCUGUGGUGUGCAGCUGGAGCGGGGCACUUUGAGGUGGUGCGCCUUCUGUUGAGUCACCAUGCCAACGUUAACCACACCACCAUCACCAACUCCACGCCCCUGCGGGCCGCCUGUUUCGACGGGCGACUGGACAUUGUCCGCUACCUGGUGGAACACAACGCCGACAUUAGGAUCACUAACAAGUACAACAACACCUGUCUGAUGAUCGCCGCCUAUAAGGGCCACACGGACGUUGUGAAGUUCCUGCUGGAGCAGGGGGCGGACCCCAACGCCAAGGCCCACUGCGGGGCCACUGCCUUGCACUUUGCAGCAGAGGCGGGACAUCUGGAGAUUGUCAAAGAGCUGGUGCGCUGUAAGGCAGGCAUGGUGGUGAACGGACACGGCAUGACGCCGCUGAAAGUUGCUGCAGAGAGCUGCAAAGCAGAUGUGGUGGAGCUGCUGCUGGCGCAUGCUGACUGUGACCCACACAGCCGCAUCGAGGCCCUGGAGCUACUAGGCGCCUCGUUCGCCAACGACCGGGAGAACUAUGACAUCCAGAGGACGUACCACUACCUGCACAUGGCCAUGAUGGAGCGCUACCGCGACCCAGAGAACAUCAUCACCAAGGAGCUGCUGCCAGCCAUUGAGGCUUACGGGGGGCGUACUGAGUCCCGGACGCUUAGAGACCUGGAGGCCAUCCGGGUGGACCGGGACGCUCUGCACAUGGAGGGGCUGAUGAUCCGGGAGCGUGUCCUGGGCUCGGACAAUAUUGAUGUUUCACACCCGAUCAUCUAUCGUGGUGCCGUCUAUGCUGAUAACAUGGAGUUUGAACAGUGCAUCAAAUUGUGGCUUCAUGCGCUCCGUCUGCGGCAGAAAGGCAACCGGAACACGCACAAGGACCUGCUGCGCUUCGCCCAGGUGUUCUCUCAGAUGGUCCACCUGAAGGAGCAGGUGUUGGCCACCGCAGUCGAGCAGGUGUUGAGCUGCAGCGUGUUGGAGAUCCAGCGAAGCAUGGCUCGAGUGGAGUCGGCUGUCGAAUCUGAGCUGCCGCAAGCCAUGGACAAUUACGAGUCAAAUGUUUUUACUUUUCUUUACCUGGCCUGCAUCUCAACCAAGACCACCUGCAGCGACGAGGAGCGCGCUCGCAUCAACAAGCACAUCUAUGACCUGAUCCAGCUGGACCCGCGGUCCCGUGAUGGCGCCUCUCUGCUCCACCUGGCCAUCAGCUCCAGCACGCCGGUGGACGACUUCCACACCAACGAUGUCUGCAGCUUCCCCAGCGCCCAGGUCACCAAGCUACUGUUGGACUGCGGCGCGCAGGUCAACGCCGUCGACAACGAGGGCAACACCCCACUGCACGUCAUCGUCCAGUACAACCGGCCCAUCAGCGACUUUCUCACACUGCACGCCAUCAUCAUCAACCUGGUGGAGGCCGGCGCCCACACGGACAUGACCAACAAGCAGAAGAAGACUCCACUGGACAAGAGCACCACCGGCGUGUCGGAGAUCCUGCUGAAGACGCAGAUGAAGAUGAGCCUCAAGUGCCUGGCGGCGCGCGCCGUCCGGCAGCACCAGAUCACCUACCGCAACCAGAUCCCCAAAACACUGGAGGAGUUUGUAGAGUUCCACUGAGACGGACCUGAGAGGACAGACUUUGUUCUUUUUAAAGAAUUUCUUAUCAUUUUCUAAUAAAUCCAAACAGUGCUGAGGGUGAUGGUUCAGUACUAAACGUUUUUGAGCAUUUUUAUAAAAAAAAAAGUGGGUUUUUUUUUUUUUUUUCUAUUUUAAGUAUUAAUUGCAAAGUACCAGCAGCCAUAGAUGGCAGUCUGUCUGUCUGUCUGUCUGUCUGUCUGUCUGUUCACCGUGAGACAUCAGAGGAAGCAUGUUUGUGCUGCGAGAGCAGAGAGAGGACAGCAGGCACAUCACCACGCUGCUUCUUGUUUUGCCUUAUUUCCAUGCCGGGGAGCCGCCAUGUAAACCAUGUUACUGUGAUUCUGCAGUCUGUGUGAAUGAGCGAGUGUGACGGGGAGAUGAUCAGAGACCGAAUGAAUGAACGAGUGUGUGUAGAGACGACCGACCUCACCUGCUUUACAUGCAUUCACCCCACAGAUGAGGCCUCACACAUGAUUAUGUUUUAUGAUGAAUUAGUUUUCAGUGGGUUCAGUUUUUACUGGAACAACAGCGAUGAGCCGGUGACGAGACAGAAUGAAGUCACAUGAUCUGACUGCUGGGCAGAAUAUCUACUAACAAUCAGGCUUUUAGUUCAUAAUGUUUUAAUAAAUGGUUUGCUGGUAACCUGUUAUUUGUGAAAAUCGUUUUUCUCCUGGCCUGUUUCACUAAAACUGCACUGUAUGGCCAAAAGUAUACGGACACCCCCGUCCACAUGCUUCUGUGUGUCAGCUCUAAUGAAGGGAAAUCUAAAGCUACAGCACAAGAUGAUAAUCAGACCACUGGUCCCUUUUUGACUUCUAUAAAGUGACACUUUUCCUCUUAAACUGUUUAAUUUUAAUCAUUUUUAAAGGCCCAACAUUGUAAAAACUAUCUAAUAUUUCACCAUAGAGGUGAUUAUUACAGAAUUGUCAGAAAGACAUAUAAUUUAGAGUGUUUUGACAUACUGUUAGUCAUCUUGUGACUUUAUUUAUUUAGAUUUUAUUUAUUUAGCAGUUGGGAACCUGUAUUAGACAAUAAUGUUCUUCCAGCUGUAAGAAAUCAAUUUGGUUUUGUCCCUUUUCUGUUGCACCACAACAGUGCACAGCUGUUCCCUCGUGGUUUGAGGAAAUUCUUCGUAGAGGUCUUAAACUUAAAUCGAUUAGAAGAUUGAAAAAUGCAUCGUCCAGCUCAGCUGCUAAAAGAAAAUGUUGGCGUUGUACGUUUCUGCAGACCACAUUUGUAUCAUAUCAGCAUUUCUAAAUUGAGGUAGUAUUGAGGUAGUUUUCCACCGGGGAUAAUUGAAAAGUGUGUGUGUUUUACCAUGAUACUGACAGCUUCUCCAGCUGUGAUUGUGCCUCCAAAACCUUUUUUCCCAAGCCCAGACAUGAUCUUUUCCUAACAUUAAUCAAGUGGUGUCUGUGCCUAAACAUAACUACACGUGAACCACACCGUCGUGGUUUUGCAGAAAUGCCAACAUCUUGUCUGCCGAUUGAUUUGAAUGCUCACUCUGGAUUUCUUGGAGAGACACGGUUUUGGAGGCUGUUAUAGUGUGUUAAGUCAGGGUGUCCACAUACUUUUGGUCAUGUAGUGUACUUCUUGGUUAAGAAGUGGUUAACAAUACAAACCAAAUAUUCCCUGAACAUGGUGCCGUCUUGAUUCAAACCUUAUAGAGCCUGGUACAUGAGCUUUUAUUUUGAAAACUGUAUCAGAGGACGCAGGCGCAGAAACAGUGAAUGUUUUCCAGGAGGGAAGAAACCCCCACAUAAAUUUCUUUUAAGUUUUUUAAAUAAAAAGUCAACUCAAGCUUGAUGUCACCUUCGCUGUCUUGGUUGUUUUGACUUAGGGACAAAACAGGAGAUAUUUAAAUGUUCAGAUAUCAGCUCUGAUCGCAAAAUGUUGAUUUGCUGGUGCAGGAGGUGAAAAUUAGACGUUCCAUAAUUUCUGUGAAUUGGUCUUUUGGAGCAUUAAGAACUUGAGACUUUACAUUGAUUAUUUAUUAAUUUGUUGGCACAUCAUGCUGCUGCUGCCAUGUCCACAUGUCCCCUUUGGAUUUCUUUAGGUUCAGCAUGAAUCUGCUUCAGUUCAUGUUGGACAUGGACUUUUUUAAUGUCAUAUCCUCUCUCCAUUUUUGCCGUGGUGUUCCUGCUGUUUGUGCCUCAUGUAUCUCCAGAGCUAACCAUCUGAUUUUUCAAAAUAUUUCUAAUUGCUGAACUUUGUAAAGCUCAGAAAGAAAUACACAUUUUAUUUGCAGCAUAAUAAAAAAAGAUUUUUAACAAAUUUCGCAGCUGUUUCCUGACGCAAACAAAUACGGCAGCUGGAAAUGAGACAUUUGUACGAUGUGAAACAAAACUAGAGUUAGGUCGAGUGUCCAUAAAGCCAGGCAGGGUGCUUGAGACACCAGGGCCUUUCUCUAAAGUUGACUAGACGUGCACAAAAAACAGUAUCAUUUCCAGCUGCAUGCAAACUGAGAAACAUGUUCAAAAUCUUUUUAUGUUGCCGCACACAAAGUAUUGUUUCAUCCAGAUGGUUAGAGGAGUCUCGUCAGUGCAGCACAAAGUGUUGCUAUACAGCCCUUUACACAUGAGAAGCACAAGAACAGACAGUAACGUGGACUCAUUUGAAUAUUCAGUCGGUGCAUUUUUUGUUUCUGUGAGAUGGUGUUCAGGCGAUGCUGAUCCAAAAAUUCUUUCUGCCAAACAACAAAAUGUAAAACAUGUUUUGAAAAUCUACGAGACAUGUUGGGGAUUAUUCCUGUGUGUGUGUCGGACAGUUUGGAUGCAGAGACUCAGUGUUCAGUGAUUGUAGAGACAUAAAAAGUGAGCAGACUGCUGCUCUGUGAAGAAGCCUCGUUAACUCCACACUUGUCAGGGUCGACUUUGAAGGAUUAGAAACUUGUCUGAGGGCUGAUUAAUCUUUACAAAGCCCUUUAAAACACCCGGCCGAUCGUGCUUAAAACCCGGAGCAGUGCAGUUUAAAAGAAUCAAAGCUGUUUGCUUGAUCUUUCCUGCGUGUACCUGUGGAAACCUGCGGGGAGGAAAGAUGCUGCUUCUUGGCAGGUUCAUUAGCUGUGCACCAAACAGACGCUCUGAUCACUGGAGGUGCACGGAUAGCUUUCUGUUUCUCUCCAGAACACAGCGGUGCACCUCUGCUCUCAGUCAGUCACAUCCACAGAGGGAACAUGUCGAUUAGUUUUUGAGGUUUUCACAGCAGCAGCUUGACCACAGAGGGUGAGUUCAUCAGUGGAACAAGCUGCUGCAGUGACUCAGUGAGAGGAUACAUUUCCAUCGACAUGCAGGGAAAGUCUGGAAAACAUCCACACAACACAUCAGGACCACUCAGCAUGACUAUGUGACUCUCUAAACUUUCUAACGUAUAUUUAAACUGUUUCCUGUAGAUGCAGAAUUAACUGUUGGGGUUGUUUCUCAGCAGCUGGUGUUGCUGGUGUUCUGAUUGUCUAAUCGUGCGUAGGAAAAGUUGCAAGGCAAACGACGCCCACGUUGGUUUUGUAUUUUUGUCAGGGUUUGAUGUUGCAUGUGAAUGCAACACUGAAACAAACAAAGUCUUGCAUGUCAGACUUUUCCGUUAACAUGCAAACGCAGCAUCUGUCCCUCUCACUGUAACUGUCCAGCAGAGCUCAGGGUUUUUAUGAACCGUGUGAUCGGGGCAUUACAGGAGAUCAGAGGGGAUUUCUGCCUGGAGGUUUUAAGGCUUUGAAGAGAUGAGUAUGUGCCAUUCAGAAUGCUAAUUUUAUUUUUAACUCAGAGUUUUUAUUUAACACUGCAGGGGCGUGUUCACGUCCUGAUGGAGCUGGAAACAUUGUUGAGUUUUUAAACUGCGGCUGAAGUGAAGCCAAAGAUUCUCCACGUGUGGAUGGGGGAACUUUGAAAGAUGUCAGCUGUGGUGGACUUCCUGCAGAAUGAAUGCUGUCAAAUUAAAAGUCUUCUGUUUGCAUUCGA